UUAAAUUCGCUGAGAUUCGCUGGUUGGCCGUGUACCAGUAAGCGUGUUUGUAAUAGAGUGAAAAAGCGCGGUCAGGAUUGCUGAUGCAAUCCUCUUUAUUUUUUGUGCAAGCAUAUCUCGUAUUCCUAUUUAAGUCUUUUUGUUUCCUAUAUAACUACUGAAAGCAAGCAUAAAAAUACCUUGGUUACUAUGGUCAAAUCGUCCCCGCCACGUUGACACUGGGGACGGGUACCAUUAACGUUGAGAAGAAGAAGAAGUUAAAUUCGCUGUGAUAUUUGUGACCAUUUGUGUUUAUAAAUUGAUUUCUUAUUUUUAUAGACGUGACACGUUUCAGCGAAGAGUCAAAUGCUUAAAAGCAUAUAUAUAUAUAACAAAUAUCUUUGAGAUAAUGAAAUAGUCUCUGCCAUCAAGAAUACCAAUCAACAAAACGAACAGUUUAUCUAUCCUGGAUCAUAUUAAGAGCAAGACUUACCCAACAAUUAAUGAGAAACAAUACAAUAUGGCUUCAGCAUCCAGUACAAGCGCACGUAGCUUGUUCAUCGAGUCAAAGAUGAGAUUGGCAGACAGAGUGCAAGUUAAUGUCAAUAACAUUGCUUCGCUCGCCAGACAGAUACAGCGAGGUUCCCGAAGCAGCGAAAUUCUAAUGCAUGCAGCAAGGAACUUUGCACAACAAGAGCAUGGAUUGGAAACGAUGGAAUCAAGUUUGAAAAAGCUUGCACUUAUCGGCACUCAUUUGGAAUAUCAAAUGGAUGCAAUUGACAAAAAUUCGGCUAUGUUGGAACAAGUUACUGAACAAGUACGAUCUAUGCAACGAUAACAUAGUAUAGACACAUAUGUAUUAUCUUAUGUUGUAUAUAUUAGUUUUCUAUACAAUGUAAACAUCUGCAGGAUAUGUGUUCUAGAAACAAUAUGCUUGGCUAUGUUCAGAUCUUGAAUGCCCCAAUGUAUCAUUUAAUAUUUGGUGAACAAGACUAAAGGUUUGUUCGCGUCGCAUGCUCCAAGAGCACUUGGAGUACUUGGAGCACUUGCGACGCGAACAAAUCUUAAAUGAUAUAUAGAGGCACUCAGGUGUUGUUUCCGAAUGUAAGCUUAUAUUGGAGGAUUAAUUAUUAGUUAUAUAUAUAUAUAUAUAUAUAUAUAUAUAUAUAUAUAUAUAUAAAACUAAUAAUCACACACACGCACACGCACACGCACACACACACACACACACACAUGUAACACUGUUUCUUUUUUUUUUUUUUUGUUAUAAACUCUUCUCAGGCUGUCAAGUAUAAAAAUUGUAAAAUGUCUUUAAUUUCUUAAUAUAUUUGUAGACUGAGAAUGUGUUUGCAGAGUAUAAUUGUUUAAAAAACUAACAUGUAUAAAUAAAAUAUAAUUUAUUCUAUAUAGAAGGAA